GGUGCAGACAGGAGGAACAAGUCUGCAGCAAUGGACAGGACACAAGACAAAAUGGUUAUAAUCUGCCUGCUGAUCCUCAAACUGCAAACGUGCGAGAUGACAAGUGGGAAAGUGUUGGAGGAGACCUAUCGAAAAUGGGUCCAGUAUAAAGAAGACUGUGCCAAAAUGAUUGAAAAUGAGCCGCUUCUUCAAGGAGGCUUGUUCUGUAACAGGACGUUUGACAGAUACGCCUGCUGGCCAGAUACCCCUGCCGGCUCUGUGGUCAACAUCUCAUGUCCUUUCUACCUGCCCUGGUAUAACCAAGUGUCCCAGGGAGUGGUUCGGCGGCGGUGUGGCUCUGAUGGCCUUUGGGAGAGAGACCACAGCGGGCAGGUGUGGAGGGACAUGACACAAUGUGAGGAGGAAAAAGAGGUCACAUCUCAGGAGCUGUGGUUCAAACAACUGAUGAUGAGCUUCAGGAUGUUGUACACGGUUGGCUACUCCCUGUCUCUCUUCAUGCUUGUCACAGCUCUCAUCAUUUUACUCAGCUUUAGGAAACUUCAUUGCACCAGGAACUACAUCCAUGCUAACCUCUUUCUGUCCCUCAUACUGCGAGCUAUAUCCGUCAUUGUAAAGGACACCAUGCUGGAUCGUCACUGGGGACGAGAAAUCAUGAAACAGACGGACGUGAGAGAGAUGCUCAGUCACCAGGCUGCUAUUGGUUGCAGAAUAGCGCAGGUGAUGAUGCAGUACUGUGUCCUGGCCAAUCACUACUGGUUCUUCGGGGAGGCAAUUUAUUUAUACUCUGUGCUCAUUGCUUCGGUGUUCAUCGACAACAACAAGUAUUUACCGUACAUCUGUCUCGGCUGGGGAACGCCACUUGUGUUUGUGGUUCCCUGGGCGGUGAUGAAGCUAUUGAAAGAAAAUAAAGAGUGUUGGGCUGUCAAUGAGAACAUGAAUUACUGGUGGAUCAUUCGCUUCCCAAUUCUUUUUGCUUCACUUAUAAACUUUUUGAUUUUCAUGAAGAUCCUGAAGGUUAUUCUCUCCAAACUACGAGCCAGCAACCAGAGCGGAUAUCCUGAUUACAAGCUCCGGCUUGCCAAGGCAACCCUUACCCUCAUCCCUCUGUUUGGGAUUCAUGAGAUCAUAUUCAUCUUUGCUACAGAUGAGCAGACAACAGGGGUUCUGCGCUACAUUAAAGUCUUCUUCACCCUGUUUCUCAAUUCAUUUCAGGGCUUUCUUGUGGCGGUGCUGUACUGCUAUGCCAAUAAAGAGGUGAGGACAGAGCUGAAGAGGAAGUUACGCAGCUGGAGGAUAGAGGCUGAGAUUGUCUGCUGUGGACAGUGACUAGCCGUGCUUGAUUCUCGAGUGGACACUUUCUCCAUCGCCACAGUCCCAGAGCGCAAUCGAUCCUCUGCCACAAUGACGAGACCGAUGCCUGAUGGUUCACCAACUCCUGACAGUUCACUGGUAUUUAGACAUCCAGUUCAGCCAUCGUCUCCACAGCCAAUAGAAUCUUUGCUACACUGUCCGUCAGUAAAGAACCGAGAUGGCUCCCAACAGCGCAGGGAUCAGGCUGAUCCUAGACAACCAACUGUGGCAGCACAAGUGUCAUUCAUUAUUCAUCUUCAAGACCCUGUGGAGUUACUCCCACAUGUUGUAAAUAUAGAUUCAGACUGAAUACAUUAUUGCAGUCACUGUACAUUUGAAGGUUGGUGUUAUUUUUGAGAGUAUGUAAAACUGUGAAUAAGUAAUUGUUAUUAUGCAAGCUGGGAAAUUGUUAAUUUGUGAAUAUGUGACUGUGAUUAUUUGUAAUUUGAGACAUCAAAUACAUUUUACAAAUUGUGUAUAAAAUGAAAAA